GAAGAUGACCCUAGCACCUUUUUUAAAACAUUAAAGACUCUACAAUGCACGCUGCACCGGCGGGUAGCCCUUGAAUACGUGCAGCCCCUCAAAGCUGCUCUGGGGGGUGGAGUGUCUCCAGACUGCUGCGCCGAUUGGGGCGCUCCAUCGGAGGAAGAGAGAUGGCGUGCUUAUUGGAGGCCCCACUCCGCAUCAGUGUGCUGUCUGAAGUCACCGCCACUAGUCGCCAUUAUGUUGACAGACUGUUUGACCCCGACCCACAGAAAGUGCUUCAGGGAGUCAUUGACAUGAAGAACGCUGUCAUAGGAAACAACAAGCAGAAGGCCAAUCUGAUUGUCCUCGGAGCCGUGCCGAGGUUAUUAUACCUGCUGCAGCAGAGCUCGUCCAGUAUGGAGCUGAGGACAGAGUGCGCCGUAGUGUUGGGAAGCCUCGCCAUGGGCACUGAGAACAACAUCAAGUCCCUGGUGGACUGUCACAUCAUCCCUGCCCUUCUUCAAGGUCUCUUAUCUCCGGACCUGGUCUUCAUUGAAGCUUGCCUUCGAUGUCUCAGAACUGUCUUCAUCAGUCCAGUCACCCCUGUGCAGCUGCUUUAUACUGACCCCACUGUGAUUCCUCAUUUAAUGUCUCUUCUGAGCAACUCUCUGAGAACCCAGGAGUACAUCACCCAGAUCUUCUCCCACUGUUGUAAGACUCCAGAGCACCAGACGAUCCUUUUCAACCACGGCGCCAUCCAAAAUAUUGCCCCUUUGCUCAUUUCACCCUCUUAUAAGGUCCGGAUGCAGGCGUUAAAGUGUUUCUCAGUCCUGGCGUAUGAGAACACUCAGGUCUCCAUGACACUGGUGAAUGUGCUGGUGGAUGGUGAGCUACUCACUCAGGUAUUUGUCAAAAUGAUGCAAAGGGAUCAACCCAUUGAAAUGCAGCUAACAGCAGCCAAAUGUCUAACCUAUAUGUGUCGAGCGAGUGCCAUCAGGACAGACGAUAGCUGCAUAGUACUAAAGACCCUGCCAUGUCUCGUGCGAAUGUGCAGUAAAGAGCAUUUGCUCGAGGAAAGGGUGGAGGGUGCAGAGACACUGGCCUAUCUCAUGGAGCCCGACGUGGAGCUGCAGAGGAUCGCAAGCACCACUGAUCACCUCGUGGCCAUGCUAGCCGACUACUUCAAGUACCCCAGCUCGGUGUCUGCCAUCACUGACAUCAAGAGGCUGGACCACGACCUGAAACACGCACACGAGCUGAGACAAGCAGCUUUCAAACUGUACGCCUCGCUGGGCUCCAACGAUGAGGAGAUCCGCAAAAAGAUAACAGAGACGGAGAACAUGAUGGACAGGAUAGUCAGUGGCCUAUCAGAAUCCAGCAUUAAAGUCCGUUUGGCGGCUGUCAGGUGUCUUCACAGUCUUUCUCGGUCGGUGCAGCAGCUGAGAACCAGCUUCCACGAUCAUGCAGUAUGGAAACCCCUGAUGAAGCUCUUGCAGAACGCCCCGGAUGAAGUCCUGGUUAUGGCUUCCUCUACACUAUGCAAUCUACUGCUGGAAUUCUCACCCAGCAAAGAGCCCAUCCUGGAGUCAGGGGUAAUGGAAUUACUAUGCAGUCUAACCCAGAGCGACAGUCCUGCACUGAGAGUCAAUGGGAUCUGGGCCCUGAUGAAUAUGGCGUUCCAAGCUGAUCAGAAGGUGAAGGUGGAGAUUGUUCGGUGUUUGGGCACAGAACAGCUGUUCCGCCUGCUAUCAGACCCCGACACCAACGUGCUGAUGAAGACCCUCGGUCUGCUGCGCAAUCUACUGUCGCAACGCGCACACAUUGACCAGGUCAUGAGCUCCCACGGGAAGCAGAUCAUGCAGGCAGUUACCCUCAUCCUCGAAGCGGAGCACAGUAUAGAGGUCAAAGAGCAGACGCUGUGCAUCCUAGUCAACAUUGCCGAUGGCAACACAGCCAAGGACCUCAUCAUGACCAAUGACGACAUGCUCCAGAAAAUCAAAUACUACAUGGGGCAUUCGAAUGUGAAACUGCAGCUUGCUGCAACCUUUUGCGUCUCAAACCUUAUCUGGAAUGAGGAGGACGGUUCUCAGGAGCGUCAGGACAAGCUGAGGGAGAUGGGCUUUGUGGACAUCCUGCACAAACUCACACAAUCCUCUGAGCCCAACCUCAGUGACAGAGCGAAGACAGCAUUGCAGCAGUACCUAGCAUGACUACAGUGGGCAGCCAUCGCCUUCUGCCAGCCUGACUAACAAAUGUGUGGAGGACACCUGGCUCCUUCGUUAUUUGUUUCAGUUAAAGUGCCCCUAUUAUGCUGUUUUUAACUAAUAGGAUUACUUUAAAAAAGAAAAAUUCAUAUUGUGCACUCCUGCAGCGCCUCUUCUCGCCGUCUGAGCCCAGUCUGCUCCACUCGGUCCACUGCUAUAACAGAAGCAAGGCAGCGUUUUUGUGCCCAGCCAGCAUAGCCCUUUAACAGCUGCCAACUUAGAACACGUUAGCAGUGGUCACUUCAGAAAGACACGCCAACAGCAUCAAACAUAACACAGCUGUUCUCUUGAAAUUGUAUAAAUGUUAAUUACAACAGUAGACAGAACAAUAGAAUAUGUCCAUUAGAGCAGUGUUGCUGGGAAUUUUCCUCUAUUUAAUGUAAUUAUAUCAAACUCAUUUUACAAAUAAAACCCCACUUUCUGCCACACAGUUCAUUUCCUGAGAUAUGUUAGGAUAAGAUAAAGAGCACAUGUUCUACAUGAGAAAUAUGUAAAAAUACAGAAAAGUCCUGGUAGCUCACCUCACAGACUGUCCUGUAUUUAUAAAACAAAGCUUUUGUUAAUUGAUGAAUUUAAAAAGUUAAAU